ACUUAUGUCAUACGCUACCCCACCACAUUAUUCAGCUGUGCUUAUAAAUGAAGGGCAGUCCGCAUCCACAAAGAGCAACGCUGGAAGUAGGUGGUCUGUAGUCGUCUACUGAGAGAGAAAAAUGGGUUUGAAGGAGGAAUUUGAGGAGUAUGCCGAGAAAGCCAAGACCUUACCAGACAACACAACGAAUGAAAGCAAGCUCAUUCUCUAUGGACUGUUCAAGCAAGCUACCGUUGGACCAGUGAAUACCAGUCGUCCUGGAAUGUUCAACAUGAAGGAAAGAUACAAGUGGGAUGCAUGGAAGGCUGUUGAAGGGAAAUCUAAGGAGGAAGCAAUGAACGAUUAUAUCACCAAGGUAAAACAGUUGCAGGAGGAGGCUGCUGCUGCGACUGCUUGAUGUCUGACAUCGUGUGUAUUUCCUUGCCUAUAUCAUUUGUCUUUGAACAAGUGAAACCAAGAAUAAACAUUGUACUUGUUUUUAAUUGCUACUAUGUGAUUCCUGAGUUCUGGUUGUUUAAAGUAGAUCUGUUUUAUUUACUUAUAGCAUAAACGAGUUCAAAUGAAGAAAUGUUAGUGGUGUUGUGCUAAUGGAACUGAUUGGAUCACUAUUUCAAAUACAUACGGACAUAACUGAUGGAAUAUGCCUAAAUCUAUCUAUAUGAUGCUUUGACA